GUUUCCCAUAUGCGUCGCUUCAGACUCCGCCAGGUGAUCGAUGGAUCUCCAACUCUUCAAGUGAACAUCACUGGAAGUCUAAAGUGAGGUGGGCCACGGGUCCGGCGUGGGAACAUCGACGACGAUCGUAACUGAAGUGUUCGGCGGAGCCAGGGCACGAUGAGCGCAGGGUACAAAGACAAAGGACACGUGAUCUACCUGGGGCUUGAAAGAAGUACUGAAGAAAAAGCAGGUAUUCGAUCAGCCACCCGUCAACACGUGCCAUCACAGCGAGGGCUCCCAGGGAGGUCACCUUCUUGCACACGGUUGUAACGCGCAAUAAGAGACGAUGACGACCGUUGGGAUACAUAAAUCAGCGCUGGAGCUUCACAAACUCCUUGAACGAGCAGUCCUUCUCUCCUACUACGACAAAUUCGUCGAGAUAGGCGGGGACAAUGUGCAGCAGCUUCGUGACUCCAGUGAUCAAGAUAUCGAGGAGUUGAUCAACAUGGUAGAUAUGGCCAGAAAGCCACCUCACGUCAAGAGGUUCAAGAAAGCACUGGCAGAGUGGAAACCAGACACAGUUGCAGCAACGUCCACCCCAGCGGAUGGAGCAGAAGGGGAGCUUCACAAGCUACUUCGAGGAGCGGAUCUUCUCUCCUACCACGACAAGUUCAUGGAGAUAGGCGGGGACAAUGUUCAGCAGCUUCGUGACUCCGUGGGGAACGAUUUCCAGGAAGUGAUUGACCUCGUUGAUAUGGCCAGAAAGCCAUUUCACGUCAAGAGACUCAAGAAAGCACUGGGCCAGUGGACAGGACAGUCAGUCACGGUGACGUCCAGUGCGGCCGACGAAUCAGAAGGGGAACUUCACGAAUUACUUCGACUAGCGGAUCUUCUCUCCUACCACGACGAGUUCAUCGAACUAGGCGAAGACAAUGUGCAGCAGCUUUGUGACUCAACGGACGAAGAGUUCCAGACACUUACCGAGCACCUAGGCAUGGCCAGAAAGCCCCUUCACGUGAAAAGAUUGAAGAACGUACUCAAACAGUGGUCAAGAAAUGCAGCCGUAAUGACGUCCAUUCCUUCAAACGAGUCGGAGCGUGAAGUUCACGAACUGCUUCAGCGAGCGGAUCUCCUCGCCUACUACGACAAGUUCAUCGAGAAAGGCGUAGACAAUGUCCAGCAGCUUUUUGACUCGACGGCAGAAGAGUUCCAGGAGUUCAUGGAUCUUGUUGGCAUGUCCGGAUUUCCUUUUCAACUGAUGAGGUUCCAGAAUGAACUGGAACAGUGGACAGGACACCCAGCCACAAUGACCCCCGUUCCGGCAAAGAAACCGAGACUAUCGGAGAUUCACCACCUCCUUGAACAAGCGGGUCUCCUCUCUUACUGCGAGAAAUUUGAGGAAAUCGGCAUGGACAGUGUGCAGGAGCUUCGCAACUUGACUGACGAAGAGUUCCACGAGGUCAUCAACCGGGUAGACAUGGCCGGGAAGCCGUUUCAUGUAAAGAAACUCAAGAAGGUACUCGAAGAAUGGACGGGGCCCACAGGAAUUUCUCGCUCCAAGGACAUGGCUUCGACAUCUCAAUUUGAUCUCAACAUGGAAAGGUCACCACAGUGGGAAGACCUCAGGAAGGAAAUGCACGAAGCCAUUGCGGAGGAAGACGAGGCUCGUGUUCUAAAGUGCCUGGAUGCUGCACCUGCUUUGAAACUGUGGUUGGACCCUGUUAAAGAAAAAUCAGCUCGUUACAGAGCUGUUAAAAAGAAAGCCAUCCGUAUACAUGGCCUCUUAGUCUCGCGUGGAUGUGGACUCAACAACAAGAAAGAAUCAUCGUAUUAUCAACAUCUGUCACGCGUUUAUCGAGCUGAAAUUCGACGGCAACGAUACUACACCAAAGAAUGCAAAGAAUCCUACAUCUAUUACUUGAAAAGCAAAUCGAAGAGCCACGUCGGAUGUGAUGACUUCGACGAGCGAUUGGAGAAGAUGUUCAGGGAACUUUCAACCGACCAAUUAAACGAGGAAAUAUUGAAAGUUGUUGCCACAGCACCGCAUCUGGAUAUACUAUUCGACUACAACAGUGAAGACGUUCAGGGGAUCACGGGGUGCAGCGGCAGCCGCGUCCUCGGACUUGCUGAUUAUGAAAAGCAAAGAAUUUCUAUCGGAGGCGGAGCAACGGAAGCCGAAGUCCGGGGCACGUUUAUUCACGAAUCCUGUCAUUUGGCACUUCAUCUGGUGUAUAAAAAUGACGGCAAGCCAUAUUUCCGCGAAGAUACCGAAAUGAAACGGAGAUACAGAGCCAUUCUGGAUGACAUAAAACGAAGAGAAAACGAUGUGGAUCUCUUGAUACGACUAGCUUUGAUGAAAAAUGAAGAACAAGAAGCGAUUGUUCGUAUCCCACACAUACUAACUCAAUAUGGCAGCGAUCAUGGAAAUACGGUUCUCGAAAAAGAGGUACCAGAAUUACGAAAGUUUUUCGAGGAUACUGUCAUACCGGACAUGCAGAAAUACAUUCAAAAUGGAAUCCCGUCCAUAGAUGCGACAAUGAUAGAAAAGGAAAACGCGAGACUCAACAAAGCUUUCAACAUUGGCAAACUCAACAUCAAAUUCGAGAACCAACCGAAGAACAGUGUCUGGGAGAACUCGUUUCUUCACGUAGUUACGAGCCCAGAACUGAGGCUUCUCGAAAUAAUGGUUCACAACGCUGUGCAAUCUGCGGGACUUCCGUACAUGUUUUUCGAUGCAAAACAGCUGGAAUCCGCACUGGAGGAUGUGUUACUAGACUACAAAUAUGCUUUUGCGCUUGUAACGGUCCAACAAAAUGAAGGCGUCCGAAAGAUGAUUAAACUUCUCAGUGAAGUCUCUUGUGUCACUGGAUCAAAAGUCAUCUUGCUCGUGGAAGACAGUGGCAAAGACUGCUUGAUGACAAAAGUGCAACAAGAUGCAUUCUUUGGCGAGAGGCACAAAGUUCACAGCAUCGACGAAGCAAGCUUUGCACAUGUCACGUAUAGCUGCAAAAAAGGAGUUUUCGAAAAUUCCCGCGUAAGACUUCAGGGCCAAGACGUUUCUACAUUUUCGGACGCAACGAAUAUAGAUACCUUCUUACGCUGCGUAGACACUGCGGUUUUCCUAAAGCUAUGUGAGUCGGGGAACAUUGACCUGGGACCUCCUCUUCAUGAACUGGAAGAGCGUGUUCAGAACUAUUACGUGGAAAGAGAGUUCAGAAGAGCCGUGGAAAUUAACUUGAGACUAUGCGAUCUAGACGACGACAAUGAGGCUUUCGCACUUCUGGGCUGUCCACACAAUCAGGUCGCAACACUUCUACCUCGCGGUUGCGAGCCAAAACCCAAGGAGGAAUUAAGGAAGUUCGAGAAAUUCGUACUCCUGCAAGAGCAACGUGACUACGCAGCUCUCCUGGAAGAUGGUCAUUUCCGAAACAAAGUAGUGCACCUGCUAAAGUUCGACGAAUCUCGUACAAGAUUCUUGUGGGCCAAAUCAAAUGGUCGUCUCAGUCACCUUCUAAUGACUGGAAGUGAGAAUUACACUGAGGACGCGUUGUUGAACGUAAACGAUAAGGUUGUCAUAGUCUCUGCUGCACCAGGUAUGGGAAAGAGUAUGCUGGCAUCUCGGUUGUGCACAGAGUUGAAAACUCAAGACAAGAAGAGGUGGGUGCUCUAUGUCGACCUUCCUCAGAGAAUGGCAUUAGUGAAAACUGCGUCGCCUAGUCUGGGAUAUCUAGCGGAUCUGUGCCAAGUACGAAAGGAUGGUCUGGAGUUCGCUUUCUUCGAAGAAAGCUUGAAGAAUGGUAGCCCUUUCGAGGUCGUCGUCAUGUUGGAUGGCUUCGAUGAAGUCAACGACGAAUGCCGCAAGUGUGUGCUGGGCCUUAUACUGUUUCUUGCUAACAAAAAAGUUUACAAGGUGUACCUUUUUACUCGCACCGUGUGUAAACCCCAUGUACAAGAUACCUUGCACACUGUGUCAUAUGACCUCAUUCCUUUUUCUGAUGAAAACCAGAAUGAAUUCCUCACAAGAUAUAGGGCCCAAAGAGAAACUCCAGCCACCAGCAAUGAGGCAUUUCUGCAAAAAUUCGAGCAACUGUAUGGGACAUUGAAGAAGAAAAACAAGACAAUCCUAGAAACCCCUCUCCUACUUCAUAUGAUGGCUCAGAUGGAGAGCGGGGAAAUUACAAAGUCUGACGAUUACUCUUCGCUCCUUAAUAUUGUUGACAUUUCCGGUGGGAGCAGUAUAUACACUGUACACAUCUACAAGAUGUUUGUCGAGUACAAGCAUCUUGUGCACCGUAAAGAGAAGGUGAAGGAAGACAUCUCCCGAAGUGCUGUGCGAGGGGACAACCAUGACACGAAGUCUCCGUUCUACGUAAACCAUGGUCUCCUGGCUAUGAAGUGUAUAUUUCCUCAGGAUAUAUUGAAGAACUUAUUGAAUGAAGACGAAUUAGAGGAGUUCGAUCCCGAAGGAAGUUUCAUCACCGACGUUGAUUCUUUCAAAGAAGGUUUUGUGAAUAGAAUUAACGAUGGAGGAAUUCCCGAGUUCGUUCAUAAGACCUUCGCUGAAUUUUUCGCAGCUCACUACCUGUUGGAAAGGGCAAAAGGAAGAAAAAAAUCCAGGUUUAGGGAAAACGUCGUCGCAUUGUAUGGUAAAGAAGACUACGGGGCUGUAAUGAUGUUGUUCGAUGAACUGGCGUCGGCGUCCUAUCCACUUCACUCUGCCGUGAUGAACAAUGAUGAUUCAUAUGUUGAGCAAGUCGGUAUUCAAAGAGAGGACAUGUUGAAGGUGGAUGAGCUCAAAAGGACGCCAUUGCACGUAGCAGCUCUGCAUUCUGAUGAAGCAACAUUGAAGAUGCUUCCAAUGGAUGACGAACUAAUCAAGAAUGAUUUGUUUCAAAUGUCACCAUUCGAGUACGUGGAGCUCUGUUCUCCAUGGAAGGAAAAAUUCUAUGGGAUGUGGUGGGAACCUUCUCGGACUGAGGCUUCACCUGUGCAAGAGAGACUCGACGUAUUAUGCGCUCGAUGCAGUGAGGAAGCAGUGAAACGUUCUACCCAAAAUCUGCGCAGGUGUGAAACCUUCAAGCAAAAGAGACAUUUUCUCGGACGAGCAAUAUUCACGGCUCUGAUACACGACCUGCGAGGCGUUUUAGACGUGUAUCUGAGCUAUGUGUCCCCGAAAGAGAGUACAGUAGAUCUGCACAAAGACAUCAUGGACCAAUUAGAAUCACGCAAGAAACGAAGCUUGAGAUGUUCUGCAGAGCCUUCGGUAAUUGGAAACCUUGAUGACUUUGAGGACUGUGACUAUAAAACUGCCCCUUUUUACGCAAAGUCGGAGGUUGUUUGCAAAAUGCUCCUUCCUUACUGCGAUAUGGGACUUCGUGACAAGGAUGGAGACACAAUGUUGCACAAUAGCGCGAAUGAGGGAAAUCUGGAGACAACACAGUUUUACCUCGCACGUAUAUCCAUUAACGAAAGAAAUAAAUACUUUCGAACUCCUUUGCACUUGGCUAAAGAUGCAGAGAUGGUGAAGCUACUUCUUCCUCUUUAUCCCUCAGUGAAUGUUCUCGAUUAUUAUCAACAAACUCCUAUGGAUAUAUGUGCAAAGAGAGAUUAUUUGGAGGCCAUGAAGUUGUUACUCCUUCGCACUCGGAUAUAUGACUCACAUCACGUGAGACUGAACACAACGCUUCAUGUGGCUACUUACUAUCUUUCCCCUGAAGCUGUGACGUUUCUUCUUCCUCACGCAAAUGCGCACAUGCUUAACAACAGAGGAGAAUCAUGCUUAGACGUUGCUUGGACUUGUUUGAGAUCUGAGAAGAGUUUGGAGUCCAACACUGUGAGCUGUCUCAUCCCACACUCGAUCGUGAACUCACCUCAAAUGUUCGGCUCGUCACCGUUGUACGUCUGGGCGAGACGUGGUGUAAGGAAAGUGAUGCAAACUCGAUGGCCUUAUUUGCGACACAGUGACCCUAGGCAUGCACAGAGGAUCAACAGAAGAUAUGUGGACGUGAACGAGGAUUUCCAAGAAGAAAUUUGGUGUCUGAAACUUCUCUUCCUCCAUUUAGAUGUCAUCACUGGUGAUCGUUAUGGCAGUAAACUGCUACAUGAUGUGGCUAGGGAGAAGCUACGUAAAAUACAAGUUAAUUAUAUUAAUUACAUGAAGAUGUUAGUGCCGCCUUUAAAUCUCACUGAGCAGGAGAAGCUACGUAAAAUAGAAGUUAAUUAUAUUAAUUACAUGAAGAUGUUACUGCCGCAUUUAAAUCUCACUGAGCAGGAUUAUGUAGAGUGUAGCGUAGGAAAUGACGACAUUGUUACCUUAUAUCGAAGAUGGUCGCACAUGAAUAACAUCGAUGAUCCCCAUAUUCACGAUGUCAACGCGGAAAUGGUCGACGACGAUGGCAAUACGAAGUUGCUCAUAGAAGCAGAGGAAGGAAAUGUGGAAGCUGUUAAGAUUCACCUCUCCCCUUCAUCCGUGUGCUUUACAGAUGAAGAAGAGAACACUGCAUUGCACUUGAGCGCGAGGAACGGACACACAAAUGUGGUGAAGCUUCUCAUUCCUCUUUAUACAUCAGUGGACGUGAUCAAUGUGGAUCAAAAAACGCCCAUGCAUGUGUGCGCCUCAAAUGGACACCUGGACGUUGUAAAGUUAUUAUUACUCCGCUCUAGAAUGAGUUUCCGUGACAAUCAUGGAUGGACACCUCUUCACUGGGCCUGUGAAAGUGAUGAAGUUGAUAUCGUGAACUUCCUUCUUCCCCACUCCUUCCCUAAUAUGCGCGAUACUUGGGGUUUCACGUGCUGCGCUGUUUCCGCUGAAAGUAGCAACAUGAAUAUUCUGAGAUGUCUCAUCCCUCACUCUCUUAUAAACUGUCCUAAUUUGAUAGGCGAUUCACCAAUGCGAAUGUGUGCAAAAGAUUAUAUGAGAGAAGAGCUGGUGACAUUAUUGCCAUAUUGUUGUGAUUAUGACGCAGCGAGUUUAUUGACUAUUCACCCGCUGUCAUCUUGUAAGGACGAUACGAGUAUGGAAGCUAUGCCUUGUCUGAAACUGAUGGUUCUCCACUCAGAUGUCAGUGCAGUAGAUGAGCGUUUCUGUGAAACACUCAGCUGCAUUCGAGAGUAUUAUGUAGAGAGUGAUUCAUUCUGGCGUCCAACAGAGACUGUGAUAUCACUACUCCUGAAAUAUGUUCCUCUCUUGCUUCCUCAUACAAAUGUUUCUGCUAAGGACGAUGAAUGCAACGAACUAUUACAAGGAGCCCUCCGAAGUAGCGAAGAUCCCGAAUUGGUUAGCUUCCUUCAGAAAUGGACUCGCUUGAGUGACUUCCAUUCAUGAUGCUGAAUUGUUGGCAACGGUUGUGGUUAAGCAUACCAAGUGGCACUGAGCUGUCAAUGGACACGAGCUCUGAAGACGAUAUGGAAGUUUUAAUAGAGGUAUCAACAGCAGUAUACUGAGUCCUUGCCUUCAUCCGAGAAAGCACAAAUAUUCAUCCAGUGUCAAAAUGAAAGAAAAAAGAUCACUUUUCUGAUUUUUUGUGAUUGUGAUUAUGACUAACGCAUUUUGUUUCUUCUUGUUCCUUAUGUUACAAAGUACCAUUCCGUAGUAGGUUCAUAAGGUGAUUUGAAAAUGUGUAAAAAAUGUGUCUAUUCCUAAUGUGUUAGUAAUAUGCUUAGCUAUGAUAUGCCACAGUAUUAGAAUACGGCUGCGUGCGAUUAUGUUUGGUGUCAAAUGUAUAUACCCAAAUGUCAAAUGUAAAUGAACAAAAGUGUUUUUCGCACAUUGGAGAAGGUUUAAUUCAAAUUAUUUUGGAACUCUCGCUCACUUCGCUGCAGAGUUGUGUAAAGUAAAUAUUGUCGAGCGAAACACAUGUGCGAUACAGCCGUACUUUUAUUACCACCUAAUAAAUGUAAGGGUUCCAAAUUGCUUUUCCAGUUAUCGUUACAGAUUACGGAACAUAUUACUUUGAAGUAAUCAAGGUUCGUGUAAAGGAACCUCGACUAACUCAAAUAUGCCUGUUACAAAUUGGAUUUGUGUACGUGCGAUUAAAUGAUUAGAUGCAGUUGU